AGUGUGGGAAGAGGAAGGAAAAAAAGAGCGAGACAGCCAGGGGAAGAGAAAGAUGUCACUGUCUAAUCUCCCUGUCAUUCUUCUUUCCAGCCGGCGCCGGGCAGAGGAGCGGCUAGAACAAUGCUGAGGCGGGCGAGGUGAGGAGCGGCCGGCGCGGCCCCGCCGACGGAGAUCUGGAACAGGUGAUAGGAGGAUCCGGAAACCCAGGCCACCUGGGCAGCCCUCCCCGCGCCCGGCCCGGCGCCCCGGCUGGGCGGGCGGGGGGGGGGAGACCAUGGCGACCAAUUUCAACGACAUCGUCAAGCAAGGCUACGUGAAGAUGAAGAGCAGGAAGCUGGGGAUCUACCGGAGGUGCUGGCUGGUGUUCCGGAAAUCCUCCAGCAAGGGGCCCCAGCGGCUGGAGAAGUAUCCGGAUGAGAAGUCAGUGUGCCUCCGAGGCUGCCCCAAGGUGACCGAGAUCAGCAAUGUCAAGUGUGUCACGCGGCUCCCCAAGGAGACCAAGAGGCAGGCGGUGGCCAUCAUAUUCACUGACGACUCGGCGCGUACCUUCACCUGCGACUCAGAGCUGGAGGCGGAGGAAUGGUACAAGACGCUGUCCGUGGAGUGUCUGGGUUCGCGACUCAACGAUAUCAGUCUGGGCGAGCCGGACCUCCUGGCCCCGGGGGUGCAGUGUGAGCAGACAGACCGCUUCAACGUCUUCCUGCUGCCCUGCCCCAACCUGGACGUGUACGGCGAGUGCAAGCUGCAGAUCACCCACGAGAACAUCUACCUCUGGGACGUACACAACCCCCGCACCAAGCUCGUCUCGUGGCCCCUGUGCUCACUGCGUCGCUACGGCCGGGACGCCACGCGCUUCACCUUCGAGGCUGGCCGGAUGUGCGAUGCUGGGGAAGGGCUCUACACCUUCCAGACCCAGGAAGGGGAACAGAUUUACCAGCGGGUCCACAGUGCCACCCUGGCCAUCGCUGAGCAGCACAAGCGCGUGCUGCUGGAGAUGGAGAAGAACGUGCGGCUGCUGAACCAGGGCACAGAACAUUACUCGUACCCCUGCACGCCCACCGCCAUGCUGCCCCGAAGCGCCUACUGGCACCACAUCACGGGCUCCCAGAACAUGGCCGAGGCCUCCAGCUACACCGGUGAGGGGUACGGGGCAGCCCAGGCCAGCUCCGAAACGGACCUCCUCAACCGGUUCAUCCUGCUAAAGCCAAAGCCCAGCCAGGGGGACAGCAGCGAGGCCAAGACCCCAGCCCAGUGACGGCAGGGCCGGUGCACCGCAGGACGGCCCGCGGCGUACCGUGGACAGCCGCUGGGGGCUGCCGGCCCAGAGCCCAGAGCCAUGGAGCAAGCUGUCCCUUCCUUGCCCCCAGGGGUGAGCCUGGACCAAGGCACAGGGCUGGCCCCAGCACCAGAGCAUGUGUGAGGGCUGCAGCUCCUGCGGGACUGUAUACUGUUAAGGAUUUUAAUAUAUAUGGCUUAUGACA